AUGCCUACUGCACCAAAGCAACGAAAGAUAGCCAUCGUCGGUAGUCGGUCUGUGGGUAAAUCUUCCCUUACGGUACGAUUUGUUGAGCAUCAUUUUGUAGAGAGUUAUUACCCGACGAUUGAGAACACAUUCAGCCGGAUCAUCAAAUACAACGGCCAAGAUUUUGCAACUGAGAUUGUUGAUACAGCCGGUCAAGAUGAAUACAGCAUUUUGAACUCUAAGCAUUUCAUUGGGAUUCAUGGGUAUAUUAUUGUCUACUCGGUGACAUCCCGCCAAUCUUUCGAUAUGGUAAGGGUCAUUCGAGACAAGAUACUUAACCACCUUGGAGCGGACUACGUGCCCCUUGUCAUCGUCGGAAACAAAAGCGAUCUGAAGUCCGAACAACGCCAGGUAUCACUUGACGAAGGCCGGAGCCUAGGGGAGGAAUUCCAUUGUGCCUUUACUGAGGCUAGCGCCCGUCUUGGUUACAAUGUUGAGAAAGCCUUUGAUUUAAUGAUUGGGGAGAUCGAGAAGUCACAGAAUCCGUCGCAGCCCACAGGAGGCAAUAAGUGUGCUGUGAUGUGA